AUGCGCCGGCCUCCACGGAUGUCUCCCCAGCCUCUCCAGCAGCUUCCCCACCGGCCCAUCAUGCGGGAUUGGGUAGCUCACCGGCUUCAACCCCUUGAACCAGAACCGGCCCUCCUCAUCACUCACCAUGACGCACCUCUCGCUCGGCUCGUUCCGGUCGCUGUGUUGGACGUCAUAAUGUCCGCUGCUGUCCGUCUCCCAGAUAUCAAUCUUGAUGCCCUCAAUGGGGUUCCCAGCCGUGUCUCUGACGGUACAAACGGCAAGCAUCGGCUCACCCGCCGGGUCGGAGGUCAUCGAGGCGCCGUUCUCGAGGAGAGGCGCAUCGUGGGUGUGGAAGGGGCCGAGGACGGAGCCCUCGGUUGCGCCGGCGGGCUUGGGGUGGUUGAUGUUGUCGAGGAGGAGGGAGAGGCCGAGGGUGUCGGAGAGGAGGAUGAAUUCCUGUUUGUCUCCCCACAUCAGCACCUGAUACCUUGCUGCCUACCGCCCUCCCUGAACCACCAGAUGUCGGAAACAGAUGCGACCUACAUUCCGCACCUCGCUGCAGAUCUUCCCACAAGCAAUCAAAAACUCGAGCCCGGCCAUCCACUCGUCCGUGCUCAGCCGCGUCUCCCUCGCAAAGUCAUGCAGGUGCGUCACCAGUCUCGACAGCAAAUACGUCAACCGCUGGUCGUCCGACUGGCUGUUAAUCCUGAUGGUAUUCGGCGUGAUGUUGUCAAUCGUCAAGUCCAAAAGCGGCGGGCCGACAGGGCCCGAGUUUUCUCUGCGCGGUUCCGCCAUUCUGCAACCGAAAAGAGCCAGACCAACCCAGCCAUCACCAAGCUAGUUUCAAGGAGUUUGGGUAAAGAAUCCCGAUUCCCCAUCACCCAAUGGUACUACCCGCCAAAGCAGUGACAACCCCCAUGAUGUAAGGCCCGAAAGCCCGGACAAUUGGGACCGAGCAAACAAACCCAACUGAUCUGAGCCCUUCAUGUGGGGCAUUCGGGGACUGCUAGAGGGGACCGUGGAGGGGCUCGGGAGUUGAAGCGGGGUCGCUAAACGGAUGACGCAGGCUUACCCAACCCGUGGGAAACAACAGGGG